UCAGCCGCAGCAAAUCCGCACGGCGUGCAUUUGCUCCCUCCCCGGCUUCAACAUCGACCUCGACCUCGACCUCGAGCAAGUGCUCAGACAAUCGUUGUCGGGGAUCGUCGAGAGUCGUGAGGAUCAUCAUCGCCCUGCGUUCUGCUCUGCUGCCGAACGAGUUCGAGUGGUGCUUUCGCCCGAGGAGGCGCCACGAUGUGUUGCUGCUGCUUCGGCGGGUUAUGUAGUGAUUUCUGCGGGGCCAUUUCCUUCGCUUUCUGUACUCGAUUCCGACGAUGCGAGACCGACGACGCCAUUUUCUUCAGAGCCAGCGUUCCCGGAUUGACGGCGGAGGACCUUCACGUUCAAGUCGAGGACACGCAAAAGUACCGCAUCUUGCAGAUUAUCGGACAAAGGAAUAAGAGAAAAGCCACCGGGGAUGGUGUCGCGUCGACCGAGACCACGUCCAGCGGGCAAUUCGUCAAAGUGUACAAGCUGCCGCGGACUAAAAUUCUAGUGGACGAGGUUCGCGCCGAAGUAGAUGAAAACGGAGUCAUCACCAUCACCAUUCCCAGGGAUCCGAGCAGCUGAUUUUUGGCACGAUGGAUGCAGAGCGCUCGACCUCUCUCUCUCUCUCCCCACCUCUCCCUCGCUUUAGAGAUCCUGAAAUUCGGAGUUCAGGCAAAAAGAAAAAGGAAGGAUCCAUUAUUUGCACUCGGCAGCCAGCCAGCCGCUCGAGGCUCGAGGCCGGCCCGAGUGCCCAACCCCAACCUGAUCGACCAGUCCAGACAUGGACUCCGCCUCAGGUGCAUUCUUUUGACUCGUCGUCGUGUAGUGUGUACAGCUAACGGAUUUUGACUAGGUGCCUAAACAAUAAGACAAUGUCUGCCAUCGCUUUGAUGUACGUGAAACGUGCGACUUUCUCGAUGCGGACACAACCCCGUGACCAAGGAGCCUCAUUCCCAAGGUGUACCCAUCCGCCCAUUUUAGUGGAAUAAAGCAUUUCAGUGUGGGAACGAAGCUUCCCUCUGGCAGCCCAUGUCUCGACGGAAGGAAGGAAGGAGAUUCCGGACCGGUUUCUGCCCAGAGGAAGGAAUGGUCGCCAUCGGGUUCUCCGAGAGAGAUUGUAUAUGUUCGCAAAAGUAGAAUGGGGUCCGGCUGCUGUACAAUUGAACUACUGCAUCAUGAUUUGCAUGUUUAGGAGUUGCUUUUGAAGAAAACGAGGUAAUGUCAGGAAAUUGGGGAAUUGAGUGGGUGGAAAUUCAGAUAUCAUUCCUGCAGAGCUGCAUAGUUUCUGUGCCCAGAGAUGUGAGGAAUUUUGAAGAUGCAUUCGGCUUCUUCCCUGCAGCCCGCCCCGCCGCCCACUCGGCCAGAGUUUUAUUCCUGAGAUUCAUGUCGUCUUUCACGCUUCUGGUACAAUAGGUUCUUCCGUUUUGCACCUCAUGCGUGUUUGUAAAUUAGUCUGCACUGCUGUAGAUAGAUUCUUUGCAUGUUAUCGUACUUACGGAUUGUGGUCUUAAUAAAUACUUCGUCGGCCUUCUUUUGCAAACCUAAUCGUGAGACUGAGGAUUGGUUUGGCUUCAGGGAGACAGACCUAUCGUUUGCUAUUUCAACAGUGAGCUGAAAUUGUACAGGGAUGCUUGAUUGGUUUAAACACCGCCCCAUCUGAUGGAAGUCAAAGGCUGAUAAAUCGGCUGAACCUAUAACGUGGAUGAAUUUCAUGUGAAUUCCUUGAGGAAGCUUUUGACAGCUUUUACUGGAAGUUCCUGCCAUGUUCAUCUGCGGAGCUUGUAAGACCUGUGAAAUCGCCAAACUCAGACCUCCUUCGUUACUACUGGAUCUGGAUAUUCGAGGAUGUGAUCACGAGUUAAGAAAAGAAGAAACUGUUGGCGGUGAUAUGGUGAAACUCCAAUGCAAUGUCGGUGUGCGGUGUUUAGUCAGGAUAUGCGGAUGCUUGUAAAACAGUGGACUGAAUCGGCCAACUUUCGUAUAUUCUUGCUAGAGUUCUCGCUUUGAAGAUCAGGGCAGUCACAGUUUCAGCAAUGAUAACUGUGUCCGCCUGGGGUCCAACUGAAAAUGCUUAUGAUUCAUCUCUCAAUGUGGUGAUGUGACAAUCCGGUUUUUGCUGAGCUUCACGUGUUCGGUCUAGACUGCAUCGAACGAUCUCGCCUGUGUUUGGGUGAAGUCUUUCCCGACUGGCAAACGGUCCAUAUGAAUAUCCGGCAUCGUCUUGUGGGUUGCAAGUCAUAGCGUUUGCCCCCGUUUGGAGACCGAGUCUCGAUCGACUUCGCCUGGCAAAUCAAAGCAGUCGAGAUUAAGGGAGUAUUGCGUUCUCGAAUUGCUUGUGGGAUUGCAUGGUUUUCGCAUUUCGGGGAAGGAGCGAAUGAUACUGACACAUGGCGCUUCUUUUGAGCAUUU